AUGGAGCCAGAGCAGAAACAGGGGAUCAUCGACGAUCUCGAUCUCUUCGUCCGGCGGAAGGAAUACUUCAGGAGCGUGGGGAGAGCUUGGAAGAGAGGUUACCUUCUUUGGGGGCCACCUGGGACUGGGAAAUCGACACUUGUGGCUGCGAUUGCCAAUCACCUCAGGUUCCACAUCUACGAUCUUCAGCUUCAGGGGAUUCACAGUGACUUCGAGCUUCGCAGGGUCCUCACCGCCACCACCAAUCGGUCCAUUCUCCUCAUUGAGGACGUGGACUGCAGCUCCAAUUCCACAAAACCCCGUUCUGUUGAUGAAAAUUUGAAUGAUGAUGGGUAUGAGAAUCACCCUGGUUAUAAGAAGCGCUCUUCUGAUAAAGGGGUGACGCUAUCUGGGUUGCUGAAUUUCAUCGACGGGUUGUGGUCGAGCUGCGGAGAUGAGAGGAUAAUCAUCUUCACGACGAACCAUAAGCAGAAGUUGGAUCCGGCGUUGCUCCGGCCAGGAAGAAUGGAUGUUCAUGUCUAUAUGGGCCAUUGCACGACAGCAGGGUUCAAACUGCUGGCUGGAAAAUACCUGGGGAUUGAGGACCAUGAGCUUUUCAAAAGAAUUGAGGAUUUGAUGCUUAAGAUUCCGGCCACUCCGGCCGAAGUUGCGCAGCAGCUCAUGGUAUCCGGCAAACCGGAGGUUGCUCUGAACGGGCUGGUCCAGUUCUUGAAGGAAAAAGACAUUGAGAUCGAGAAAAGCGAAGGGAAGGAAGAGUUAAGUAGCAAGAAAUUAUGGAGUCUGAUGAGGAAGUGGAAGAACAAGAAGAAAAGGAUGCGAUUAGUAGCAGAAGAAUAA